CCGGGGAGGGGACGGGAGGGGGAGGAGGAGGCAGUGGGAGGGGAGAGCAGCAGCAGCAAGGGGAGUGCGCACUUCGAGAGGCAGCCUCGCUCGGAUCGACACCCACGAACUCCUCAACGCCACCUCCUCCUCCUCCUCGUCCACCUCCUCCUCGCCUGAACCAUGCACGUUCUCGCCGCCAUCUGCGUCUUCGCGUUGGGGCUGACAGUCGCCGUGGCCGAGGACGCGACGUCCGUGGACGGAAAUCCCAAACAGCCCGAUAAGUUGACUUAUGACUACGAGACGCUGCGUAAGUGGGGGCUGUCCCUCGCUUUCAUCUUCUUCGUGGCCGGACUCCUCAUCGUGUUCAGUAAACACUGCCGCUGCAGGUUCCCGCAGGACAGGCACCGUGGAGAUCGCUCUGAUAGCCUCAUCCCAGCUCAAUCCACCGCCUGAUUCGUCCACGUGAGCGACGCAGGCCUCGUGCCACUAAGCAGAGACAAUCACCGGAGGAAAAAACCACAUUGCCAAACAAGAGAGGGGGCACGGGGGGGGAGUCUGCCCCCCACUUCCCCCCACCCCCCCUCCCCCCACACUGCCAAACCGUCAUGGCGAUCCCCUGCCGCCGUGUCCUCCCCCCACCCUUUAAGUGCCUUCGGUCCAGGGCUGAAUUUCACCCGGCACACCACGUCCAGAAUACCUCUCCGUGUUUACGGCCGUGGUUGUCUUUUCUCAUUCGUACGCACUUCAAGCCACUGCACACACACACUGCACGCACCCGAUGGUUGGUCAACACGGAGAGCUGGUGGACCCCCAGUCUACCUACAGCGACCCAGAGAAUAUCUACGCACUCGGCACACCACGUCCAGUAUACCGGUCGUCGCAUUGGCUGUGCCGAAGCAGUGAGAACUCGAGCCCUGUAUAAGCCGCCUUGUAUUUAAAUGCUUUUGGUUUAAGUCGCUUUGUGUCGUUUAAUUUGUGAACGCUCGCUUCCUGACAUCGUUUGCGAAUGGCGAGACCGUCAGCCUUCACGUGAUGCUCAACAGCAUCAUCAUCACAAGUAUCAUCAUCACAAGUAUCAUCAUCAUUAAUGUCAUCAUCACAAGCAUCAUCAUCACAGUAUCAUCAUCACAAGUAUCAUCAUUAACGUCAUCAGCAUUAACAUCAUCAGCAUUAACGUCAUUAGGAUUAACGUCAUCAAGAACGUCAUAAUCACAAACAUCAUCAUCAUCGGAAACAACAAUAUCAGGGCUUCAUUUCAUCUCACCUGCCACAUACCCCGACUCAGAGAAAUUAAACCCUGAUCACCAUCACUACCGUCACCAUCAUCACCACCACCAUCACCACCAUCAUCACCAACAUCACCACCACCAUCAUCACCAUCAUCACCACCAUCACCAUCAUCACCACCGUCACCACCACCAUCACCACCACCACCAUCAGCAGUCCUGCCAACCCUGCCCGUGUGCCAGCUGUCAAUAAAGUGCAGGGUCACCAGA